AUGGGCGACGACCCAGACCAUCCCAUGGAGCCCGAAGCCGAGCCCACGCUCGACAUCGACCGGCACCUCAAAUACUGGAAGAUGUGCCUGCAAGCCCCGCUACCCAACCACUACCUCUCCAACGAAGGCGUGCGCAUGACCCUCGCCUACUUCAUCGUCAAUUCCAUCCGCAUCCUCACCCCCGCCCCAACAGAAACCACACCUUCCACCUCACCAAACCCAAAACCCCCGUUACUCCCCCCCACCGAGCACCGCCGCCUCCGCCAAUGGGUCCUCUCCCACCAGCAACCCGGCGGCGGUUUCGCGCCGUCAUCCACCCUCCUCUCCCCGCCCACCACAACACCCAGCAGCGGCGGAUCCGCAGCGUGGGAGGCCGAGACGGGCGCAAGCGAGGGCGGGACCACGGGAACAGCCGUGGCUAACCUGCCCGCGACGCUGUUCGCGCUGCAGCUGCUGGCGCUGCUGGCGGAUGAGGGGGAGGAGGGGGCGGCGCGGGCGUUUGAGGGCGUGGAUCGCGUGCAGACUUUGCGGUGGCUGCGGCGGUUGCAGAGGGGGGAUGGGAGUUUUGGGGAGGGGGUGAGCUGGAUGCCGGGGAAGGGGUGGUUUAUUGGGGGCGGGUAUGAUAUGCGGUAUUGUUAUAUUGCGGUGGCGGUGCGGUGGAUGUUGAGGGGGGAUGUGACGGAGGGGGGGGAGGGGUGGGUGGAGGAUUGGGAUACGGUCGGGUUGGAGCGGUAUAUUUUGGGGAGUCAGACCUACGACGGCGGGUUUGCCGGCAGCUCGCAAGAGGAACCCCAUGCCGGCUACGCCUACUGCGCCAUCGCCGCGCUCUCUCUGCUGGACCGCCCCCUAACAAACAGCACCCCCUUUCACCCCAACAAAAUCCUACACUCGGGCAUCCGCAACAUGCCCGCUCUCCUACACUGGCUCGCCUCGCGCCAGUUUGUCUACCUCGAACCACCACCCGGCAACCCCGACGACACCGAAGAAGAAGAAGACGAAGACAACUUCCUCCUCCCCGCGCGGCUCGCCGACCUCUCCCUCUCGCCCGCCGCCGAGCGGCACGUGGCGUGCAACGGGCGGUGCAACAAGGUGGCCGACACGUGCUACACGUGGUGGGUGGGCGCGGCGCUGGCGAACCUGGGGCGGCGCGAGCUGGUGGACUGGCCGGCGUCGCGGCGCUUCCUGCUCGACAAGAUGGCCCACCGCAUCGGCGGCUUCAGCAAGCACCCCGGCGGGCCGCCCGACGUGUACCACGGCUGUUUUGGCUUGGCUGCGCUGGCUGUUAUGGGCGAGCCGGGGUUGGCGGAGUUUGAUUGUGCGCUCGCCGUGCCGGUCGCUACGGUGCGGGUUAUUGAGAAGGCGAGGGCCGCGUUGGUGGAGGCGGGCCGGGGGCAGGGCGCGGAGUUGGCGAAGGGGGCUGUUGAUAUGGGGCUGGCGAUGAGGGGGGCGAAACCGGCGUGGUUGAGUACGGUAGGGUGGUGA